GUCACUUUUAGAAGGAGUCUCAUGACCGUCACCACACACAGAAGAUGACGGCAAAACCAAUGAAGAAGAUAGCUUGCGUGGAAAUUGACAAGCAUGCAGAUGAAUUAAACAAACUCAGUCAGGCCAUUUGGGAAAAGCCUGAGCUAAACUUUAAAGAGGUAAAUGCUCACAAUGUACUGACAGAUUUUCUAGAGAAGCACGGAUUUGAGGUUGAGAGGAAGUACAAACUGAAUACAGCCUUCAGGGCAGUGUUUGGUAAAGAUGGAACAGGUCCUCACGUGGCCAUACUGUGUGAAUAUGAUGCCCUGCCGGAGAUCGGACACGCCUGUGGCCACAAUCUGAUAGCUGAAUUGGGCGUAGCAGCGGGUCUUGGUGUGAAAGCUGCGCUUCAAGCUACAGGGGCGGGAGGGAAGUUAACUGUUCUUGGAACACCUGCAGAAGAGGGCGGUUGUGGAAAACAUGAUCUCAUCAACGCCAAAGUCUUUGAUGAUGUUGAUAUUGCAAUGAUGGCGCACCCGUCGCCAUUUGCAACAGCGUUUCCUUUCUGCUUGUCCAUUAUCAGAUGCAACAUCAAGUUCCAUGGCAAGGCAUCACAUGCUGCGGGGUUUCCCUGGAAGGGCAUCAACGCCCUUGACGCCGCCGUCUUGUGUUACCAGAACAUCUCCUGUCUCAGACAACAGAUGAAACCUGACUGGAGAGUGCAUGGAAUCAUCAACAACGGCGGAGCCAAGCCCAAUAUCAUACCGGAGUUGACGGAACUGGAGUACCUCCUGAGGGCGCCCACUGAUGCAGAGGUGUACGUCCUGAAGGAGAAAGUGUCCAAGUGUAUUGAGGCUGCUGCUACAGCAACAGGAUGCACGGCUGAAUGUGAUUUUGAUCCACGAGCCAACUCCAACGUUGUGACCAACAAGACCCUGGCCAAUGCCUUUGUCGCUAACGCUGAAAGUAUUGGCGUUGAGUUUACGCCGCAGGAAAAGCUGGCAGGUCUGGCCAUGGGAUCUACAGACAUGGGAAACGUUACCUACGUCGUUCCCAGCAUCCACCCCAUGUACUACGUCGGUGUUAAGGACUGUCUGAACCAUACCAGGGAGUUCACAGCGGCUGCUGUUUCGCCUGAAGCCCAGCCCUACACAUUGGACAUGGGAAAGGCUCUCGCCAUGACAGCUAUUGAUGUCUACACAUCCCCGGAAAAGUUGUCCGAGAUCAAAGAAGAGUUUAAGAACUAUUUCAGUACUAAUUAGAAAUAUUGCAACACUAGUUUAUUUUUUCAUCUGAAAUACCCAUGCAGCGAGCAGAAUUAGAUUAUUAUACGGAAAGGAAAUGUGGUCACAAAAUUAUCACUAUUUGUAACAAUGUGAGAUUACUGAGAAUGCCUUUUAACUUAUAAGGUAGAGACACACAGUGAACCAUAUUGUCAUAUUCUUAAGUAAUGGUUUUCACUGUGGCUAUAUACUGUUUGUUUGAAAGCGCUUUACAAAGAAGGAAUUGAUCUGAAAUACCGUUUUGUAACUCCACAUGUCUUAGUGUUAUGAUUAAAUUUCAUUUGUUUCACUG